GCUUCCGGGCUCUCAUCAUGGGGGACUAAGGAGCAGCGCUGGCCGCCCGCAUCCUCCCCUCCCGGCCCUCGCCCGCCAGCCCCCGGCUUUGUCGCCGGCCCCCGCCCCGUCCACCCUCGGCCCAGUCUCUGCGAAGUGGCGCCAGCCUCCCCGGGGAGCGGCCGGGGGAGGCGCCGGGUUCAUGUUCCGGGUCGCUGAACCUACCCCGACCCGAGCUCAGGCGGCGAGAAAGAGCUGGCAUUUCAGUAGGACUAUGGAGGAGCUGGUUCACGAUCUUGUUUCAGCACUGGAAGAAAGUUCAGAGCAAGCCAGAGGAGGUUUUGCUGAUACUGGAGAUCAUUCUCGAAGUGUAUCUUGUCUUUUAAAGCGACAGGCAAGGAAAAGGAGGGGACGAAAAAGACGUUCAUUUACCACACAUCAUCCCUGGGAGACUGGUCACUGCUUAAGUGAAGGUUCUGAUUCCAGUUUAGAAGAAUCAAACAAAGACUACAGGGAGAAUCAUGCUAAUAAGAAAGACCACAGUGACUCUGAUGACCAGUUGUUGGUUGCUAAACGUAGACCUUCCUCAAACUUAAAUAAUAUUAGAGGUAAAAGGCCUCUGUGGCAUGAACCAGAUUUGGCUGUUGACAGUUUGGGAAACAGAACUCUGCGCAGGAGAAGAAAGGUAAAACGGAUGGCAAUAGAUCUGCCAUCAGAAGUCUCUAAUGCACUGACAAUAACUCAACAGCAGGAUAACAGCAGAGAUCAAGAAAUGGACAAUAACAAUAAAUCAUACCAACACCAAGAGUUUUCCAAGAGCAAAGUGAAAAAAAGAAAAGUAGCUGCAGUUCGACAAGGACCAGAAGUCUUGGAUGAAGGGGUAGUUAUAGAAAAUGAAGAAGUGAACCAAGCAAAUAAGGACAAAAUGGAGUACGAGGAGCAAAAAGGCUCAGAUGAGAACAUGAGUGACAGUGAAUCCAGCAGUCUGAGCAGCAGUGAUGCUGGUUUGUUUACCAAUGAUGAGGGAAGACAAGGUGAUGAUGAGCAGAGUGAUUGGUUUCAUGAAAAUGAGUCUGGUGGAGCAUGUGGAAUUACAGGGGUCAUUCCAUGGUGGGAACAAGAAGACUCUACAGAACUGGAGAGAGAAUUGCCUGAUCCAGUCUUUGAAAGUAUCUUAACUGGUACUUUCCCUCUUAUGUCUCGGUCAGGGAGGAGAGGUUUCCAGAGUAGAUUUAGCCAUCUUCAUGGAAUGCCAGCAAGAAACAUAAAAAAGGCUUCAGGAAACCAGAACGCAUUGAUAACUCCAGGACCAGGCGGUAGCAGGAAAACGGUUCACUUGUCCCAGGAUUCUCUUCACCAUGAUCACUGGUUUAGCCCUGGGGCUAGGAAGGAACAUAGCCAGCUUCAACUCUUGCGAGACAACCGAUCGGAGAGAGGACACAAGAAGAACAGCUCUGUAAAAACAGCUAGCAGGCAAACCAGUGUACAUUUAGGAUCAUUGUGCAUGGGAGACAUCAAACGGAGAAGGAAAGCUGCUCCCCUGCCAGGACCCACAGGGUUUGUAGGUGAAAACACCCAACCAAUCCCAGAAAACAACAUUGGAAACAGAAUGCUUCAGAGUAUGGGCUGGACCCCUGGCACGGGCCUUGGACCAGACGGCAAAGGAAUAGCAGAGCCAAUACGAGCCGUCCAGAGACCAAAAGGACUCGGACUUGGAUUUAGCUGACAGAAAUGCACUCUGGCUGCCUGAUAAAAAUAAAGUUCAAAAUUAAUUUAACAAGACAAGAAAAAAGAAAAAAAAAAAAGCAAACAUAUUAUUUGUUGUGAUCGGCAAAUCCAGUUAUUCUUCUCUUAAAGAUCACUGAAGUCAAUGUGCUUCACAUUAGCUACACCAGCUGCAAGGUACAGCCACAGUGACAGAACCGGCAUUCAAGUCUAACUUUAUAAUGGUGCUAAAAUAUACAAAAACUUCUACUUUUUUAUUUUCUGUGGUCUUAAAGUUUGUAUUAAGCAUAAAAUUCAGUAUAUUCACUUUUUUUCAUAAAAGCUUCUGACACAGCAGGUUUUAGUAUAUAAGCAAAUUUUUUUUGUAACUAUAAUUUCAUCUCAAGAGUCUUGAUAAGAUUUGUUGAAGGAAAAUAGAACUUUUUACAGCUAUUGUGUUUUCCCCCUUUUCAGGCAAAGUUUCCAAACCUGGUAUUUCUAGUGUUUAACAAUAUUUGUGGAUAAGCUGUCAUUUUGCCCAUAAGAUAUACACGUUUCCCACUGGAAGGUGAUAUGGUAUGCAAUUUUGUAUGAGAGCAUGAAAAAUGGCUUUGUUGUCAUAGGAAUGCCAUUCCAACACCAUUAUUUGGCAAUGUAUCACUGUCUUCCACGUUCAAGCUCAAAAGUAAAGCUUUUAUACUUGUUUUUACAUUUACAGGAUUAUCUUUUUUCAGUAAAUAUUUUUAAAAGUUAAAGUUUAUUCUGACUUUGGAUUUCCCUUUAUAUUAAUAAUCCUCAGUGUUUCCACAUUUAAGAAUAGUUUGAGCUUUGAACCAGGAAAUUGUAUUUUAAAGAUGACUGUUUCAGUGUUUAUACUCUGGGUUUUGGCAUAUUUUAAACAACGCAGUGUUCAACAUCGUGUUAUCAUUUGGUUUGUGAUCGUGCUGGUGCCAAUGAGCCACAACCUUUAAGGAUCAUGAACAGAAAAAGGGCAAGGAGAAGGAUUAGGGUGGAGGAAAGGAAGGAAAAAGAUACUUUGACAUCUCGCAAAUCUAAGCUAGCAAUUUAAAAUCAAGAGGGAUCAUUAAGUGUUUUAAUCAGUAUCCUAAUGUAUCUAAUGUCAGCAGAAGCAAUUUCAUUAAGCCCGAACCAAUCAAGUUCCUAGGGUACUUAUUGGUCUGCAGUAUAAAACAAAUUCCACUUUAAAAUUAAAUGAUAGGGCUGAAGGAAACUGUUGUUCAGAUGGAGUAAAGGGAAAAUCCUGCCCUCCUCCCCACCCACCCCUGUAGUAGCUGGCAAUAUUUACCCUGGCUGCAGAGGGAACAGGAUUUGAUUCUCCAGUCUUUUUUUUCUUCAAGAGGAGCAUGUCUCCCUUCCUCUGAUACCAAACUGCAGAGAAAAAUACUUCCUUGCAGAUGCUUGCAAAGAUAUUUCCUUAGAAUAAAAAGAGCACAGCUUCCUUCAUGUGACUGUGAAAUAUAGUCAUGAAUUUUAAGAAGUAUUUUUAUUAUUUUUCUUUUCCUCUCUCAACUUCACCCAUUUUUCCAGAAAAAUAAUACGAGGAAAAGAAGUAGUAGCAGCAUUAUAGCAUUGAAUUUGCUUAAAAGAACUGUUCAUGCUUCCCACUGUAAGUACUGUCGGUUUGGGAACAUUGUUUCACCAUACAUGUAGUGUAGAGUAAAAGGUUAGUACCUGAUAUUGUUUUUAAUGAUAGCUGAAUGCACAUGUUCUCUGAGUUUCAGGAGAACUAUUUAUUGCUGUUUAAAUACUUUAUAUGAUUGUGUGGUUUUACUUUUUGAAAUGAUAAGAAAUUUUAAACAGACUAGGGAUUUAUAAUCAAUACAUACACUUUUUAUUGGAAGGUUUGGGGGCAUAGCAUAAUGUGAGUUUGCCACUUCACAUAUCUCUUGCACAACUAAACUGAGUUAAAUACAUUCCAUAUCCAAAGAAUUUCAGGGCCACAUAAUUGCAAAGGGCUGAGAGCCUGGAAUUCUGCAGCUAGCAGAGGUGCCCACUUGUAUAAGUGUUAUUUACAAUAAUGAACUUGUGACAUGCUCCCAUUCUUUCAAUGCAAUGUGCUACUGAGAGCAAGUGAAUUCUAAAGACCUCUUUGUAUUUUACACCACAAUCAAAAAAUCCUUAAAAUAAUUUUAAACAUGAGAAUUCUGAAAGUGAAUCUUUAAGUUCUGAUUGUUCUAGCUCUGUUUGCAAAACCGUAAAGGAAUAUUCAUUCUCAGUUAAAAUUCCAUUGUUUUGCUUUGGUUACAACACCUCUGUAUCUUGGUCUGGAAAUUCUAAGUAUGGCACAUAUAACACUUGUUUGAAAUAUUUCUGUGCAAUUUACUGUAGUAGUAGUUUCUCAAGAAAUCAGUCUGCAGCUCCAAAAGUACUUGAAAAUGUUUCCUGUUCUAAAAAGAUAAGAGGGAAAUAAUGGAUACAUGUUGAGAGAAAACCUCUUUAGCCCAUUCAACUCCUUAUUCAUCCAUUAAUACAGAUACAGUGAAGCAGCCAACCUAGUAAACAACCAUAAUGGAAGAACUAUUUAGUCUGCUUGGAAAUCUUAGAACUUUUUGUUUUAAAUCAGUCUAUUAGUGAGAAACUAUUAGACAUUAAGAUUAGUCAAAUUGAUUUUGAUAUAGAGAUAGAUACACUUUGUCUGUUUUCCAGCAGGUAUUCUCACAGAUGCCACAGCUGACAGUCAACUUUAUCUGUUAGAAGCUGUAGAACAAAAUGAUUUAUUAAAAUAUUUUAAUGUAGUGUUUUGAGAUUUUUUUUGUUGUGGUAAAACUCCCAUUCAGACUCACACUAUCAUUUCAUUUCUGUUUUUCCACAUCUCACAGGAGUGGUUUUAAAGAUACUCCAGUAGUGUGAUUUUGCACAGUUAAAAGUAGUGUUAAGAAACAAAACAAAAAUGAAUUGUACUUUUUCUCUUUUAAGCCGUUGCAAUGUUAGUUGGCUUUGAAACAGGUCAAAGUACUUUGAUUUAUUGCUUUUUUUUUUUAUUUCAGGUCUUUCCCAUACCUAACUUGCAAUCAUACUGUGAUACCUGCUAUAAAGCUGGCUCACAUUACUUUAAAAUACAUAUACAAGUAUUUUCAGAUAAUAAUUCUUAAUGGCUGUGACACUGAAGGGUUUUUUUGCCUACAUAAAUAAAUACAGGAUCAUCUUGUAUCUAAAAGUUACCAUCCAUUACUUGCCAGAUUCUUUCCAUUUAGGUGUUUGAUUAAUCAGUAGCUCAGCUGUUACCAUAAUAUUCUUCCUCUGCAGAAUGUUUAGUGAAGAGACAUUAUGUAUUAUCAGCGUUGCGUUUUGCUACAUGUUCCACGGUGUCUCAAAGUUCUGUGAAUUGAGCCAUUAACUGUUAAUAAAAGAAACCCAUGAGCAGUAUCUUAUUUUUAAAUAAAUACUUGUCAAAGUCAGAGAAGCGUUAUCGAUAUGCUCAUUCUAACAAGUUUGUCCCUGCAUUUGUCUUUCUGCAAUUAGGUCAAUAAUGGGUGUAGAAUGGCAGUAAAUAGCUAAAUAAUAUGUAUAGAAUGCUUUGCUUUAACAACACAAAUGCAAGAUGAAAUAAAAUAAAUAGACUCCA